UACAUGUAAAUAAACAAGCGUGCUCAUGCGAAUAAUGGAUUAACACUAACUUUUCUUGGAAAUUUUUUUAAUUGCACUUUUCAAAGGACGGAAAUUUACUGGGAUUAAUUAAUAUGAAUUAACUUUAUUACUGGUAGUUCGAUUGAAUUUCAAAUUUGCAGGUUUUCUUCCGCUGCCAAAAAUGACCAGUAAGAUUGAGGUUCUUUGUCGACAAGCAAUGAAGACUUUCUCCAGAGGAAGCAAGCGUUUCUCGGGAGGAACUUUCGAAGAAAACCUGAAGCUAUUGAAGAACUACGCGAACAAAAUCACAGCCUUGGAUGUGUGUCUAGAGGAGUCGCUUACCUCUGUUCGCACUUCAAGCAAGGCCAGCGUUACUUAUAUCCGUAUAUAUGAAGACUUUGAUGUGUCCAUAGGGAUAUUCGUGCUGAAGCCUCAGGCCAGUCUGCCUUUGCACAACCACCCAAAUAUGCAUGGCAUCCUCAAGGUCAUCAAAGGCCGAGUGGAAGUCCAAAGUUACACCCCGCUAGAAUUGCACCACUGGGACUCAUAUUUAAUGUUUGCCGAAAAGCAUGAACCCUUGUCUGUUGACGUGGGUAGCGACGUUUGCACUUUGGAGGAACGAAGACAAAAUUUGCAUGAGAUUAAGCACGCCGAGGGCAGCUGUGCAGCCUUUUUGGACAUUUUGGCCCCGCCUUACACGGAUUUCCCCGAUCAAGACGGAGACGAGCGAGAUUGUUUUUACUACCAGACCUGUGAGGAUCAGGAGCAGGAAGGACGUGUAAUAACGAGACUGGUUAGAAUUCCUGCACCCAAAAGCUACACUUGUGAUUCCGCUCAGUAUCUUGGGCCUCCGGUUGAGGAUUAGUUUUAAAGCAUGAAAAAAUCAUGACUGGAUAUAUUACUUUUAUAAAUUUAUUGUUGACUAGUCUUUUUAAUAACUUAUGCCACAAUUAAACUUUUCUGUAUAUAAUGUGCAGUUAAGAAAGUAUUUAAUAAAAAACCUUUAGCUCCAAUG